CCUCAAAAUGCACCAGUGGAUCCACACGGGGGAGCGGCCCUUCACAUGCACCGAGUGCGGGAAGCGCUUCAUCGCCCAGGCCACCCUCAAAAUGCACCAGCGCCUGCACAGCGGGGAGCUGCCCUUCGUGUGCACCGAGUGCGGCCAGGGCUUCGUUCAGAACGAAUUUCUGAAGCUGCACAAGAGGCUGCACACGGGAGAACAUCAGUUCCCCUGCCCCGAAUGCGGGAAGUGCUUCAUCAGCAAGGCCAUUCUGAAGGUGCACAGCAGGACACACGGCAGGGAGCAGCUGUUCCCGUGCACUGAGUGUGGGAAACGUUUCACCAGGAAAGACAACCUCAAACUGCACCAGAGGGUGCACAUGGGGGAGCGGCCUUUCCAGUGUGCAGAGUGUGGGAAGAGCUUCACUCAGAAGGUGAAUCUCCUGACCCACCAGCGGCGCCACACGGGGGAGCGCCCGUUCACCUGCUGUCAGUGCGGGAAGAGCUUCGCCAAGAAGGGCACGCUCAACACGCACCAGAAA